CUUCUCUCUCUCUCUCUCUCUCUCUCUCUCUCUUUCUCUGCGCUCAAUUCCUCACCCAUUCCUACCUGAACCUCUAUAAAAGCAGGCUGCCCUCCACUUCACAAAUUGGGUCACCAGCCCUUCAGUAGCUUGUUCUCUCUAUUUCUUCGCUUUCUCGCUGCGUAAUUCACAGUUCUUUCGGGAAUACAAUAAAAGAAUAUGGCUCCGAGGGGGAAGGCGGCUGCCGUUAAAGGUAACGGAGACAGUAAUGGGAAGGAGGUGCAUUUUAGGGGAGUGAGGAAGAGGCCGUGGGGAAGGUACGCAGCCGAGAUCAGAGACCCAGGCAAAAAGAGCCGUGUCUGGCUUGGGACCUUCGACACCGCGGAGGAAGCCGCUCGAGCCUACGACGCUGCCGCUAGAGAGUUCCGCGGCGCCAAGGCAAAAACCAACUUCCCGUUUGGCUCCGAUAAUGUGGAUAACAAAAAGAACAUUAGUAUUAGUCAUAACCAAAGUCCGAGCCAGAGCAGCACGGUGGAGUCCUCGAGCCGCGAGCCGGCUCUGAUGGUCGAUUCCUCGCCGUUGGAUCUCAACCUCGCUACCGGUCAUGGAGACGCAUCCAGCCAUGCCAGCUUAAGGUUCCCCUUCCAGCAGAAUCACUGCCGCCAGGUUCCGGCUGUCCAAGUCUUCGCCGGCUCUAUGCCGGCAGCGAACCAAAUGAUCUAUUUCGACGCGAUCGUUCGUGCCGGGAUGGUGCAGGGUCAGCCCUAUCAAGGGCUGAAUUUCGAUCGUGCUCAUGCAGCCAACGAUUUUCAUGCGGCGGCCUUCGCCCGUGGUUUCCUGAGCGACUCCGACUCCUCUUCCGUCGUUGAUUUGAACCAUCAGGAUCUCAAGCCUCGGAGAGCCCUCGAUCUCGAUCUCAACCGCCCUCCACCACCCGAAGUCGCCUGAGUUUUUCAACGUUAACAAGAGUUGGAAGUAACCUAUUUUCCCUUCAUUUCGUUAAAUUUUAGUUUUAUUUUCCUUUUCCUCUCUAUGUUAGGGAAAGUAUCAAAAAAUACGUGAGAGCAAGAAUCAGAGCUAGAUGUGAAUACGAUGCUGAUCUCCUUUUUUGCAACAGCGAUCUUGCUGUUGUUCGAAUUUAUUCAGUAGUCUGCUUUUUUUCCCCA